UGAUAUUUUGUUUCCAUGAUAAUUAACAUUCGCGAGCGUAUCUCAAGUUUUAAUGACAAUACGUCUUAUCUGCAAACGAACACGGCGUUAUACAUAUAUUUCAGAUGGAGGUAUCCUUCUGCCACGCGUCAAAAACAAGCGGUAAUAUCGCAAAUACGCAAUACCCGUGCAGAAAUGCAUCAUUCAGAAAGCAAUGAAUUAUCUAGACGUAGAUUAUACACGACCCUCUAAUCGAGGUCCAGAUUUUCAGCAUGGUAUAAAUAGGUGUCAGGGAUGUGGAUCGGCAGAAGCUUCUCGUGGCAGUGAGCAGCAAUCUUCUUUCAUUCUUUUGAAUUAACGCAAAACUUUCAGUAUGAGUACUUUAACGAAUAAGAUCGCCCUUGUCACCGGUGCCUGCUCCGGAAUUGGUAAAGCAGUCACCGAGGAAUUGGUGUCGAAGGGACUUAAAGUUAUCGGCCUCUCCAGUGAUAUAAACAAGCUGAAGCUUUUCGUGGACGAGCUGAAGGGCAAACCCGGCAAAUUUUAUCCUCUUCAAUGCGACUUGAGUCUCCCGAAUGAGAUCGAAAGUGCAUCAGAGUGGAUAGAGAAGAACCUGGGUAGUGUGGACAUCUUAGUAAAUAGCGCUAGCAUUAGCUUAGAUUGGUCCAGCAUCAACGGUGGUAUACAGGAACUUAAGAAGACUAUUGAUAUCAACUUACUUGGCUUAUCGCUUCUCACCAAGAAGAUUCUGCAAUUGAUGAAAAACAAGGAAAUCGACAACGGCUGGAUCAUUAAUGUCAAUGACGUAUGUGGAUUGAAAUGGUUGCCUCUUGCCUCCGACCGGCCUCUUUCCCCGGCAUAUGCUGCAAGCAAGUCCGCGUUGACCGCACUGAGUGAAUGUCUUCGUCUGGAGUUGGCCCAAAACGAGUCCAACAUCAAAGUGACCAAUAUCUGUCCGGGCUUAGUGGAGACCGAGCUCAACCAGCAAUGGUUAAAGGAAAAUUCACGAUUGGCCCUGAAAUCAAAAGACGUGGCGGACGCUAUUCUCUACUCGUUGCAGACUCCGGAGAACGUGCUUAUCAAGGAUCUUAUUAUUACACCCAUUCGGGAAAUUAAUUGAGACCGGACGAAAUCAUUUAUGACGAACAUUGUAGUAUUUAGAGCACGUGUCGUGUGGCAAAUCAAAUAAAGCGUUAACAAUUUUCAAAUAUGACGUACAUGAAUUCGUCGUAUUAAUCCUAUAACCCUCAGGCUGAUUUUAUACGGUUUUAUUUU